AUGGAUUCUUCCGAGUCGGACACAGCCCUCUCGUCGACUGAACCCAGCUCAUUAAAUGGAUCAACCCGCGACGCACUCGGGGAUAGACCGACCGAUGCGGGACCAGGAGCAGAAAUCGGGACUCUGACGUUGAAAGAAGAUGUCGCUGGCGGUUUGGGCAGGCAUCUUGGCAUUGUCUCGACAACAUUUCUCAUUAUCGGAAGAAUGGUUGGUACUGGAAUAUUUUCGACCCCAUCGUCGAUUACCAACAGUGUUGGCAGCGUCGGCGCUGCUUUGCUGCUCUGGGUCUUCGGACUAGCCAUCUCCUUUGCUGGGUUGUUUGUUUGGCUCGAACUGGGUUGCAUGUUCCCUCGCAGUGGAGGGGAAAAGGUUUAUCUGGAAGCCACUUAUCGGCGGCCUAAACUUUUAGUGACUGUUGUUUUCUCCGUACAAGCAAUUCUUCUUGGCUUCACUGCUACGGCAUGCAUCGUCUUUGCAACCAAUAUUCUGCUUGCGGCGGACCGCGUAGCCACAGAAUGGGAGGCGCGCGGUAUCGCCAUUGUUGUCAUGACUGUCAUUACACUUUUGCACAUAUUCACGCCAAAGGCUAGCGUGCGAAUCAUGAACGCCAUCGGAAGCGUCAAGAUUUUCGUUCUCUUAUUCAUUGUUGCAACGGGAUGGGUGGUUUUGAGUGGCAAAGCACCCAAUGUCCCCAAUCCUGGAGCCAGCUUUCACCACCCAUUUGAAGGUUCUGUUACAUCCAGUAAUCCUUAUGCGACUGCAUUGUUCAAAGUCUUGAAUUCUUUUGCUGGGUGGUCCAAUGCAGCCUAUGUCCUCAAUGAAGUCAAACGGCCGGUCCGUACCCUCAAAAUCGCUGGUCCUCUUGCCCUCGCCACCUGCGGCCUUCUUUAUAUACUCGCAAACGUAUCGUACUUUUCUGUCGGCACGCCACAAGAGAUUGCCCAUAGCGGCAUUACCGUUGCUUCAUUCUUUGUCGGCCGCGUCUUUGGCGCCACUGCCGAGCGCAUACUCAGCGUCUUCGUCGCCAUAUCUGCUUUUGGCAACGUCAUGACUGUAACUUUUACCCGGGCGCGUCUCAACCAGGAACUCGCCAAAGAGGGUGUCGUUCCUUUUCCCCGCUUCUGGGCAUCCACCUGGCCCGUUGGAUCUCCCUCUGCCGGCUUGCUUUUACACUGGAUCCCCUCGUUUGUUGUUAUCGCCGCUAUUCCCUUUGGCGACGCAUACAAUUUCAUCAUUGACCUCGAAGGAUAUCCCGGCUCCAUCCUCAGCUUCUUCGUCGUUCUCGCAGUCUUUCUCCUCCGCUUCGACCCAGAGACGAAACACCUCCCUCGCCCUUUUCGCGUUCCCCUUCCAAUUGCCGGAUUUUUUAUGGUCGGCCAGACUUUUCUCCUCGUCGCGCCCUUCCUCAGACCACCAGGCGGCAAAGGCGACACUUCGUUGCCCUAUUGGCUCUACGCCGUCGUCGGCACCGGCAUCCUCUUCUCAGGUGUUGUCUAUUGGGUCGUCUGGAUGAAAAUCCUGCCCUACUUGGGCAAGUACGAAUUGCAAGAAACCAAGACUCACCUGCGGGAUGGAACUGUCGUUACGGUCUUUGAGAAGGCCAAGUACAAUCUUGCUCUAUAA